UAUUUUCUUUCAUCCACGAGCAAAUAUAGCUCUAAUGGAAGAAAACAGGGCUUUUUAGCUAGAGAGAGAAAGAGAGAAAGCGACAGAGGGAGAGAGUUGUAUGUCAAAGAGAAAAAAAAGCUUUAAAUGCGAGUUGGUUGAUGUGGUUUUCCCGUCUUCUAUCUCUUCUCUUAAGGACUAAGCAUACCUGUCCCUUCUUUUAUAUAUAUACACGCAGAUAUUGGUGACCUCUUUAAAGGGUUUAAAUUUCAUUGCUUUAAGAUCAACAACAUCCAGCUGCAAAGGCUUUUAUAAACCCAACAGUUUUUGACCCAACAAUGGAUUUUAUUGCACACCCAUCUCGGUUUUCUUCAUCUUCUUCGUUUUCAUUUGGGAAUUUCUUUGAGAGGAUCAAGGAAUUUUGCAACUUUGCGGUCUGUGCGAUUCUUGGGAACAUUUUCUCUGCGAUCUUCACCUUCUUCUUUGCAUUAGUGGGCACCAUGUUAGGAGCUAUGACUGGAGCUUUGAUAGGCCAAGAGACUGAGAGUGGAUUUGUAAGAGGGGCUGCUGUUGGAGCAAUAUCAGGAGCUGUUUUCUCUAUCGAAGUGUUUGAAUCUUCCCUUAUUCUUUGGCAAUCAGAUGAGUCCGGAAUUGGGUGUCUUCUUUAUUUGAUUGAUGUCAUUGCAAGUCUCCUAAGUGGUAGACUAGUCCGCGAGCGGAUCGGUCCAGCCAUGUUAAGUGCAGUGCAAAGUCAGAUGGGUGCAGUUGAAUCAAGCUUUGAUGAGAUCCCCAAUAUCUUUGACACUGGUGGGUCCAAAGGGUUGCCUGGAGAUUCAGUUGAAAAGAUCCCAAAGAUCAUUAUUACUGGCAACAAUAAUGUGGAUGCUUCUGGGGAGAAAGUCUCUUGUUCAGUUUGCCUUCAGGACUUUCAGCUUGGAGAGACAGUUAGAAGUUUGCCCCACUGCCAUCACAUGUUUCAUCUACCUUGUAUAGAUAAGUGGCUCCUGCGGCAUGGUUCAUGCCCACUAUGCAGAAGGGAUCUGUGAUCUGUGAUGUGUCUGUAAAUUACCAAAUGAGUAAAGUUCUUUUAUUGAUCAUACAAAUUUUGUACCCUUUUUUCAUCUGUAUUGUUGGUUACCAGGCUGCUCCAGUAGUUCCAUGCUCUACAUUGUGAGUUGAUGUAUAAAUUUUUUGAUUUUAUGAUAGUUUUUAUUGCACAGCAA